AUGCCGCCUGUCCCUACCUCGUCGCUGCCGACCACCUCGUCGCUGGACCUCCUCGCGCCUCUCCGUCGCCGGAGCCACGUCGCCACGCAGAUCGCCGUCGUCGCCUGGCCAUCGCCGGAGCUACCCCGCCAUCGUCCCCGUCCUCCUCCUCGACCCCCGCUGCCGUUUACCUACAGCCCCACGGUGAGGCCCUCGGCCUCCUCCCCCCCUCCGAUGCUCUCUGCUUCCCCGGCCGCGACCGCGCUUGCGUCCCCGCGUCCAGCCCGCGCCCUGGCCUCUUCUUCCUCCCGCGAAGCCGUCCUCCGCCGGCCACCUCCAGCUGCUGCCCCGCUGCGGGCGCCGCUUGUCGUGCCUGGACACCGCGCGCACGCGCACCACCUCGGUGCCCCUGAACACGCCCACGCCCGCGCCCCUGCUAUCCGUCUCCCUCGCUCACCGCGCACGCGCGCUCGGCUCCAGCCUGACCAUCGUGACCCGUGCCGACCGCACGCGCGCCUCCCCGUCCGCUGUCGCCGCGUGCGCCUCGCCUCCGCUCCCAGCCGUCCGCUGCUGCUCCUCUCUCGCUGCACGCGAGCCCUACCUCGCACUCGCUCCGCUGCUGCUGCAGCUGCCGGCUAG